GGGGCUGACUAGCGGGUGUAGCGGGUGGUUGGAAGACGCGUUAGGAUUUACUGCUUUCACUUCCUCCACUGUUUUUAUAAAUUUGUGUUACCUACAGCGAUUGGAAGGGCGUUUGUGGUGGCAUGUGAACGGGAACCGUCCGACGAGGUGCAACAACACUGAAACCAAGGAGAAUAAAGCGCUGAAAACGCCAAGGAUCCACGCGAAAUCUUCAGGAAGAUCUAUUGUGUGUCUUGAUGUCAGUCAACUAAGUGGAUCAAACUUCAGUACAAAAAAUCAGAGAAAUUAUGCUGACAUUGUAACUGAAGACAAGAAGCUGGAGAAAGGAGGCCCUACCUUGUAUGGUUUGGGUCCAUUAUUUUAUGCACAGAUUCCAUCUUUUUCAUCUGCACUUCGGGGAUUAAAGACACUUGACAUGCUUUCUUCCCAGUUUCAUUUUAGUGGAUUGAGUUGACAAAGAGAAGAACCUCUGGCAACUGAAAAUAAUCAUGGAACAGAUUAUUUUACAAAGAAUCAAAUGAAAGGGUUAGAUGUUGAAAGGAUUUGCAUAUGUACAAAUUAUGUUUGUCAAAUUUUGCAUUCAGGAGGAAAUCACUUGCUGCAGUAUUUCCCAUAAUCAAUGUUUUUCCCCUCACCUGAUUUUAUUUAAUUAUCCUCUAGUGUAGUAGUCUAUCUAUCAGUUUCCUAGUUAGAAAUUCAAUUUGCAUUCUGAGCAAGCUUUUGGUCAGUGGACAUGGCGUACCCUUUACUUGAUUUUUCUUCCCAACCCUCAACUGGGGAUGAUUUUAUCUGCACAGAAUGUGGUGAAGGAUUUGGUCAGUAUCCAAAACUGAUCAAUCACAUGGCUAUUCAUGGACCCAUUGACCCUUUAUCUUCAAAUGAUGAAAGUGGCGUUAAGGGUUGUGAUACACCCAUCGAAUUUGCCCUCCAUGAAAAUGGAACACUUACAGUAGUUGAUAAAUCUGCAGUAUCUAACUUCUCAUUCUUAUUUGGAAAACCCACAUCAAACUCAUCAUGGAAUCAGACACCUUUUCAAGAAUCGUUGCCUUCAAACAAAAUGACAGAAAGGGAGCAUACUCAGUGUAGAUGUGAAAGAUGUGGUCAAGUGUUCAGGAGCCAGAGAAGUUUACAGCAGCAUCAGCGAUACCGCCCCCUUGAGCAAGGUUUCAAAUGUACCCUAUGCUGCAAGGUUUUUUAUGAUCGAGAGAGUCUUCGGGGCCACCUUCAGAGCCAUGAUCAUGAACGUUUUUACAGCUGUGGACACUGCGGAAAACGAUUCUUAAAACAAGAGACUUUGUUCUUGCACCAAAAAGAAUGGCACAAGUCUCUUGGAUCCAAGAGUUCAAGUAAAUUUGAAGACGACCGUGAAAAUGGUAUGGAUAAAUCUUACCCUUGCAAGAUUUGCGGCUUGCGUUUCUUUUGGUUGUCCGACUUGCAGAGCCAUCUAAUUAAUCAUUCUCAUGUGAACAAAUCAACUACUGAUGCCAAACAAAAAGAGAACUUGCAGGACCAGGAGGAAAGUAGCCAUAAGAAAAAUGUCUUGCCCUCUGCUGAUGAUUCUGUUGAUCGCUCAUAUCGCUGUGGCUUGUGCGGGGGACGUUUCAAUUCCUUGUCAGAUUUGAAAGCACAUCAUGCUUCGGAACAUCCAGAUGAGGAGCGUGAUGAGGACUCUUCUGAAUCAGCGUCUCAGAUUAAACGACAGCCUGUUAACUAUUUUGGUAUAAUGCGUCAAAUGGUUUCAAAGCACCAAAUGCAACGCAUGGAUCCGUUGAGGUCAAGAAUGAGAGGUAGACCUAGAGGAGGUGCUAACAGAAGUCUCAACUCUAAAGUGUUCCCUUGCAAACAAUGCCAUCGUGUAUUUGUUCACUCUAGCAGUCUAUCUCGCCACAUGCGUUACCAUAAGGGUACUCUUCAUACAUGUGUUUAUUGUGGCAGACACUUUCCACAAAGAUGCGAUGUCACAAGGCAUGUUGCUAUGUAUCAUAGUUCAGAUGUAAAGGUCAAAGUUGAAAGUGAACUUUUGGACGGCGAAGAUGAAAAUGGUAUGCAAGAGUUAUCAAAAAGGCAGACAAGCAACGAUUCUGAUGAUCAUGAGAAUCAGGAAAAUGAAGACCAGCAGUCACCAAAGCCAACAGAUACGGAGAAGUCACAAGAUACUCAAGAGGUGUCUCCUGUCAAGCCACGGAUGACCUACAAAUGCAAAGAAUGUGGUAGAGUUUUUGGGCUGCUGAGUGUAUAUCAGCGACAUGUGCGUUAUCACAGAAGAGACCCUUCCCGAGUACUGCUAAGCUGUCCUCGUUGUCCAUGUCGCUUUACUUUCCGCUCUGCUCUUGAUCGCCACCUAGAGAAUCAUGAUAAGGAAGGAUCUGAGAAAAGUGGUAAGGAAGGAUCUCCAACUCCAGAGGCUCAUACAGAUUAUUUAGAAAAUGAAGAUGAAGAUUUAGGUUUUGAAAGGAGUGAGUCAGAAGUAAAGUCAAAAGAGAAUACAGCAACAGAUGUGUUGUAUGAAUGCACUGAAUGUACCCAGACAUUCUCGGACCUGCAGAAGUUCCUUCAACAUCAAAGUGCACAUGGUUGAAAAAAUGUCUAAUCGGAUAUGAUACCAGGGAUCUGAUAGUAAUACAAUGUCAGUGAAGACAAAUGCAUUCCAUAUGUUGAAUUGUGAGAGCAAAUCGAGCACUACCUGAUCUUAUCCGAUUUUUUUAUGUAUGUACAUUUUUUUCUACUGCUGAAUUUGUUUCUUGAUUUGUAAUAGCACCAGGUUGACAUGCCUUCCUGUACUUUCUCCUCUUGAAUAAUAGCAUAUUGCUAAGAUGUCGUGUGGAAUCUUCAAGAAUGCUCUAAUAGGUACCUCAAGGUGUUUUAAGUCAUUAUUUCUCAUUAUGCAAAUUGUUGACUGUCAAAUUUUGUCAUCUUUGUAUUUCCCUUUUUGCUCAUUAACUGUGGAACAGGCAAAUAUUGUACUGUACAGAGUCUUAGAACAUCUCAUAACUGCCUUCCGAGUGUAUUUCCAGUCGAUGGCAUCAGAGAGCAUAAUUGACAUAAUAAACCAUAUUUCGAGGCAAGCCCAGUUACUGACCUUGACUUCAGCAAGUCUUAUCUGGGUUUAUCUUGAUCGAUUUGAAGUUGCACCCCUAGUGGGAACUAGAUUUAGGCACAUAGCAUUGAAUGGUGAGUGAGAUUUUAUAACUUCGGAGUAUGUGAGUGUUGGUCUACUUUGCAUGGAUUUGUCUGGGGCUGUUAGUAUUUGAUGUUUGAGGGUACAGGGGUCAUACAAAUAAGUGCUGUGAUGUCUGAACAUCAAUAAAAAACAAGUUUUCAGUAAAAAAAAAUCUUGAAAAAAACGCUAUGCAUGAUAUGAAACUGCUGUCUUUUUUGUUUUAUAUGUUUUGUUUACCUACACAUACAUCUUAAGCUGUGUCACAACUCUUAUUUAGUUUUGAGCUUCCAUGCUUCCCAACACAGAUUGCCUGUAAAUCAACAUUCUAAACCAGAACUGUGGUCCUGAUGGGCCAGAUUCCUGUAGUUUGGCGAUUUUCUUGCUCAAGCACAGCUGGUUCAACUUAUCCGUUAAUUGCCUGGUUACUUGAUGUGCUAGAGCAGGGAUAUCGCCAAUUUGUGCUAGACUCUGGCCCUCAGUUCCCCACCUCUGGUCUGAACAGUCCUUCGUUUGUCUUUUUCAACAGGUUUUCUUGCACAUCCAAAAGACCAAAAAAAUUCUAACACUAUAACUGUCACUCAGAAACAACUCUCCAAUAAAGAGUCCUUUUUGGUGCAGCAUUUGGUUUAGUCAUAGUGUUGCAAAAAAAGCACAGAUCAUUUGAAACAGUGCAGUCCAGAGUGUAGUAGUUUUAGAUCAGCAGUUCUCAGACUGGUCCACAGGGACCCCUGGAAAGUCCACCAUUUUGUUUUAUUUCUCUGUUUCAAGUUAUGUUGAAACAAAAAUCUGGACUGUCUGGGGGUCACUGAGGACCGGUUUAAGAAGAUUUAAAGAGCAAGGCUACCAGUUGCCUGCUUCAAGGUUUGUUUCAACCCAGAGCAUAACAGUCCCGUCUUUGUUUUAGUUCUGAGGCUUGGGUCUACUGGACUGGCUCCUAGAGAGCUAAACAAAAUGCAUAGCCUACGUACUCUAUCGUUCAAUUGUUCAUGUACAAAGUACUUGAAUCCCAGGCUUUACCUACUAUAGGCCCUGUCCACACUUGAUAUUAGCAUUUGUCUUGAGUGAUGGGAUCCGGAGUGGACAGCAAGACCUGACAUUUCCAUGUGUUUACACUACAAAUUGUGGUCAUAUGCACCCUGACCACCCUCAGUGAGAAUUGGAACCCCCAUGUUAAUGCAAAGCGUAAAUGGGGCCAUCACCCAAUUUUUUCCUCAUCAAACAGAUAGGGUCACGGGGUUUCCGAUGUUCGUUAAAUUGAUUGGUUGCCAAAAAAGGCUUAAAACUUAAUUCAGACCACAGGUAGCAACCAUGCCGAUCCUGCACCGCACUUUGAAAAAGACUCCUGUGUUAAUCAGUGUUGCGGUUUGUGGUGGACACGCAGCAAGCAGGCACAAGAAGGGUGGUUUCAUGUCUGUUUUUUGCCACUUGCUGCAAGCUGGAUGCUAGUGGUUCUAGCUAUAUAAUACUACGAAAUGCAACAUGUUGCAUUGUGCAUUCAUGUUAUACAGAUAAAGCUGUUGUGGUCCAUAAUCAAAGCAGCACAUAUAUUUCAACAUGUUAUCCUACUGCAGCAGCAGUGCCCUUGGAGGGCCGUGUAGGCCAGGCUAGCGAUAGUCAUGACAAGUGCCCCCUCCCAAAGUCAACAACCAAUAAUAAAGUUUAUUUUAGGGGAACGUUUCAAUCAGGGGACAUUGUCUACAAAUAUAGACAAGUAUACCCAUGUCCCCAGGGUAAGAACAGGUUAUGAGCAGAAUAUGAGUUCUUGUAAUCAAAUAGUCCAACAUAAAUUAUUACUACAGUGGUCUAGCACUUCCGCUCAGUGUGACUUUUGCCAUCUGGUAUUGAUAUUUUAAAAAGUUACUAAUUGACAAUUUAUAAGUCACCAAUUAGCUGGCGAGAUGUACCAGCACUACCAUUCUGUUAGUAUUGUGGUCAGCCACCAGUAGCCAUUUGAGCACAAGUUAGCCAUCUCAAUUUUCCUCAAACUUUAUCCUGCACAGCAUGUGUAUGGGUAGUGUACCCAAAGCAUUUCUCAAGUAUACUAACUUUUGGAUUUGUAACUAAACAUGCUCUUUAGUGAUUUUAGGACAUUCUUAUCUGGCCUUCAUUGGAAAAUGUUUUCUGGGCUAUGGAACAGCUUUGUGCCAUCAUGCUAAACUCACCAUGUGUGCAGUAUCCUUGGGAUUUAUGGACAUCAGCAGAUAGGAAUGUAGUUAUACAGCAAUCUGUGUCCAAAACCACAGCCUAUGUUUGUCAACACCAUGGUUUAGAGUUAAGGCAAUACUUGCUUUGCGCUUGGACUGCUUUGUGAAUUCUGGCCACAAGUUUUUUACUACAAGAUUGCCAAUGUUCUGUUCUGUUUUUUUCUGUGCUUUUAUUUAAUGGAUCCUGAAACACGACCAGAAGAAUUCUUGUGUUAUACAGUUACACACUCAUGUGAAGUGUACUUAUUUUAUGAUCUAGAAAGGACAACCAGAGACAAAAUGUUUUGGUAGCGAGUGCCUUAAAAACAAUUACAUAAGUUUGCAGUGAAUAAAAUCUCUAAAAUGAAAGGUAAAGAUAGCUUAACUAACACAAAUAUACCAUAUUCCUCUAAGCUUUGUGUUUACAAAUGUAUAUGUUUGUUGAGAAUGGAAACAGUGUGACAUUACUUAAAGCCAUUGGUACAUGACAGUGUACUAGCCAACCUCUGUACAACAGCACCUGAUUUCACCGAUUAACUUUUCUUCAUACCAAAGGGGUACAGUGGUACAUGAGCACAGUCUUUCAGUAGAUUCAGUCAAGUACCCAUUGUUAAAAGUUAAUUGUAGACAAAGAGUAAUCUGGUAAUUUAGGGUGCCUUGACAGUCAAGUAUUUAACAAGUCACCUAUGGCGGAACUUAGUAGCAAUCUUUAUGCGAGUCUUUCACUAUUACAUCCUGUGUUCCAGAGUCCAUUACCUUUGGUUCACAGUCUUUCUGGGGCAACUACUCAUACUCCAGAUUCCCACACCCCAUAGGCAUGAUCAGACCACUUUGCUCUCAGAAUUCGGUUUGGGCAUACGAUGUAAAGCCUUAUCCAAUUGUUCACUUAAUCCUAUUGUAUCGUUUCCUCUUGUUGGCAAAGAACUGUUUGGGAUCAAUCCAAUUCUGUGAGUUAAGCUGUCCUUGGUUCUAGCCUUGUAUAUUUAAGAAGUUGACCUUUGUUCUCAAAAUGUGUUCUCAACCAGUGAUAAUCUGCUAUAACAGCUAUUGAUUUGAAUUGUUGCUAAUUGGCAAAACACACUAACACUAUACUAUUAUAAAAGUUAUAGAAAAAUAAAUCCAGAGCAUUGUAAUCCAAUCCAGUCCUCCUGGCUUCUAAUGUACAUGACAAGCAGUCAAGAACACUAAGAACCUAAGCAAUAGGGUCUGUGGUUGCUUAUGGUUAGAUUGGGAAACUCAGGGCCUGUUCCAAAUGGCACCCUAAGCCAGGGGCACCUAAUGCAUGUUAGACUAGAAGAAUUAACUGCACUGCUGCUGCACUGCUUGCA